GCUCCUCCUUUGCAGCCAAUGGCACUAAGCGAGGUGGCUGCAAGCGGCGGCGCGGACCCGGCGCCCGGGCUGGGAGAGGAGGAGGAGGCAGCAAGCGCUGCUCGCCGCUCUCUCCCGGCGCCCCUCCUGCUGCGGGCCGCCCGCCCCGAGCCGCCCCUCGGUGCCCCUUCCCCCGCUGGUACCUGCAGCAUGGACUCGGACUCCGGGGAGCUCAGCGAAGGCGAGCUAGUCUCACCCGCAGGUCCCGAUUGUUUCAGUUCCAAGAAUCUCGCACUGCAAGCCCAGAAAAAGAUCCUGAGUAAAAUGGCAACGAAAACCAUGGCUAACAUGCUGAUCGAUGACACAAGCAGUGAAAUCUUUGAUGAGCUGUACAAAGUAACAAAGGAACACACAAGAAACAAAAAGGAAGCCCAUAAAAUUAUGAAAGACCUGAUUAAAGUGGCAAUAAAAAUUGGGAUUCUCUAUCGAAAUAAUCAAUUCAACCAAGAAGAGCUGGAAAUCGUAGACAAGUUCAGGAAGAAGCUGAACCAAACUGCCAUGACAAUUGUCAGUUUCUACGAGGUAGAAUACACUUUUGACAGAAAUGUUCUUGCAGAACUUCUGAAUGAAUGUAAAGACCUUGUGCAUGAACUAGUAGAUCGACACCUGACACCAAGAUCCCACGGGCGCAUCAACCAUGUCUUCAAUCACUUUGCUGAUGUGGAAUUUCUAACUGCCCUGUACAGUCUUGAUGGGGAUUGUCGGCCAUACCUCAAAAAGAUCUGCGAUGGCAUCAACAAACUACUUGAUGAGAAGGUCCUUUGAAACUACACUCGAGAACAAGAAGCCAACCAAAACUCUCUAGAACUGGCCACCCUUCAUGAGCCAUGGUGAGCAAGCGAGCUUCCUUCCUACUGGUCUCUUGCUACAGUCUCCAGCAGGGGCCAGAAAGUGCUCACCAGGCUCAUGAUGAAGUGGAAAACUUAACUCAGAAAGCUAUCAGUUUUAAUGUUUUGUUUGAUAAUUCAGUCUUUUCCAAGGAGUGGAGUGAACAAGGAUACUGAUAUAUAUUGUUCAGAAACAGAUUGCUAUACACCAUGAUCCUACUAGCUUUGGGUUCAAGGUUGAACAUGUGAAAAGAAAGUAAACUCAAACGCUUGGCUAUGUAAAAAGAGACAGGUGAAGGCAAACAAAGCAACGCAUGGAAUUUACCCCCAGGCUGCCCUUGGUCUGUAUUUUUUUAUUAUUCCCAUGCUAACUGAAAAAGCUUAGACAGAAAGUAGGGCUGUAAUGGAUUAAGCUCACUCCUUUCAAAAGCAUUAGGGAUCAAUAUGAGCAGGCAUCUCUGAUUUUACAUAGUAGUUAACUACUAACAGGAAUAACAGUACAAACUGAGUAGAAGUGGGAGAAAAUUUAAAGAGCUGCUCUAUGAAGCAAUAUUUUCACUGUUUUAUAUCUGCUAAUAACAGAGAGGAGGUUUCAUUUUAAUUUUGAAAAGCAGCUCAGUGGUUCAGACUCAAAGGUAACCAGGAAAGUAGAUGAAGUAGUACAUUGGUUUCCCCACUCUCAGGGUUUGUGGUUUUGGUAACAUCAGAUGAGUUCAGGCUGAAGGUUGUGCUGCUCUCUGUGGUCUUACCUUUUUGCCUGCCAGAACAAAAUUCCUUUGUGAAGAUUAUGAAAUUGCACUUAUGAAGAAGAGCAUAGCUAAGACACCAAUAGAGCUAUAAAGCAACAUUUACAUGCCCUAUCCUUGAAAUAUUCAGCCUAGAUAAAAAUCUUGGUUUAAUGCAUCCAUGUUCAUUUAUGCCUACCGUCAGAGGUGUGAUUUAAAGAAGGAACCCCAUCCGCUAUGCUUGCAGUGCCAUCUAAGUGUAGUAUAUCCACAGUAGUCUUAAGAGAACAGUCUUGGUGACUCUGGUCAGCUUCAUAAAUGACUUAUUGUUGAGAAUGUUUUCAGUGACUUUUUUCUUUUUUAAACUAAAUAUAUAGUGUCUUCAAACUGAAAACACUUUGCAAAGAAAUACUGGUUUCUGUGUAGUUUUGUUAGGAUUAAUGGAGAACAGAGCAGAGCAGCCAGACAAGCUUGCCACUUGCAGAAUCCUGCAGCUGGGUAGAAGGUGCUGGCUAACCCUAAGUAAAAAAUUACAUUCAGAAAUCUCUCCUCUCCUUGCCCUCUACAUCUUAGCUUCCAGACUCACCUAUGUGUACUGACAUUUUGGUGUCAGGUACCAUCUCCUUCUAGUUGACUCAGAUAGCAGACAAUCCCAUUAUCUGGGGGUAACACCUUCCAUAUCACAUAUAAUGCAGAGAUGUAUGUACCUGAAAAUUGACAAAGACAAGAAAAUAUAUUUGGAAGCCGUUCCUCUCUAAGGAAAACUUCCAGUGUUGAUCACCCAUCACUAUAGGAUAAGAAAAUUGUAUGUUUCUCAUUUAAAUUCUUAAAUACAGUGGUGAUAUUCUUCUUAUUCUUCCUCACCCCAGGGUAACUAUGUUGUAUCUCUUGCAACAACAAUUUUAACUAUCACACCUUUAUGGUUGAGAAUACACAUACCCAGCUCACAUAUUCACUAGGGCUGUUACUCAAUGGAUUUUUAUCUGUUCCCAGGAGAACUUAUUUUGGAGCACAGUAAAAAUGGCAGCACAUUACCAGAGCAGUUUGUAAUGAUGGAAUUUUCCUCACUAUUUCCUUUAAGCAUAAAUAGUAUAUUUAGUAGCAACGAAGGUGGACAAUUCCUUUGCAACACAGCACAGUGAUGAAAUACCAACAUUUGGGGUUGCAAGUUCAACCAUUUGGAGAGCCAUAUUUACAUGCACAAUUAGCUGCAUUUUUUCCAAGCACGUACUGUCAAUUGAUGCUUUUGAACAGUGUUUAUGUAUCGAACACUCCGGUCCCAGUGCACACGUCAGAUUUUGCGUGUUUGUUUCAUUUCUGGCAAACAAAUUUAAGUAUUUGUUUUUAAAGCCAGAAAAAGAGAUUAUUCAACAUUCAAGAUGUCCAAAGCAAAAGGAUAUCCUGUAUCUGUGACCUUAUUUUUGUGUGUUACCAAGUAUCAAUAUUCAGAUUCUGGUAUUUUAGACAAACCAGCUGAACAUCUGUUUUAUUUAUAAAUCUGAGUAGCCUUAAGAAGAGAUGUUUUCAAGUAUUUCUCAUACUUGCAUAUCCUGUACAUUCACUGUUUACUUUUGUACUUGUAGCUUAGUAUGUAAUAAGAUUGCUAAAAUAUGGGCAAUGUUCAGGUCACCUUAAGUAUAUGAUGUAUUAUCAUAUUUGUGGAUUAAAAAUGUGUGAUUACUGCC